GGCAUCAGUGUGAUCAGCGGAGCAGGAACUCCAGCACUGUGGUGUCUUUCCAAAUAAUCCAAACAGAGGCAGAGCUCGUACAACACAACUUCACUAGCAAGCGGUCGGAGCGCCAAUCUUAGACAGACAGAUCAAUGCGCUGGCACAACAUAUAGUGCGUGACAAGGCCCAACAGGUGAUAUCACUGCAUUACUCACAAAGGUUCCCUGUUGUCUGGAGGGCAAACUGUUGAAUUAAAUGAAAUGAUUUUUGUUGUAAUGAAUUAAUCGUAACUAACUUGUUCAAGUCCCAUCACUGAAAUGGUGAUGCGCUUGGAUUUCUUUGCUGAAAAGUCUUCCAUCUUUUUGUGUACAACCCUGUUUUCUGUCUUAACAGAGACAUGUUUAAGGUGAGAUCAGAAACAUGGCGUCGUGUUCAUCCAAGGAUUGUGACUCAGCCUCCGAACGCGAAGACUGACGGCGUCACUUCUUUCAAUAAUGCUGUGUCAGGGCUCAGAAUCUUCAGCGGUAGGCGGCGCCACUGCCCUGUUUGCCACACUCAUUAGUUAAUAGGAGCUUCUUGCGCUGUCACACCUUUGGUCUCGGGCCCCUCCCACCGUUACUCCUCUCUCCAGGUCAGAAUGUGAGGCAGGAAUCCUCCGCUGCUCUGCUGGAGUCUGGACCAUGGAGUCUCCUCUCUACCUCCUCAUCUUGGUGACUCUGGACCCUCACUUGUGCACAGCUCAGUGGUGUUACCAGAGCCAGUACUCCUGUGACCACACUUGUGGAGACCCCAGCCGCUGGGCGGCCCAGUUCCCUAGGUGCGGAGGCCUUCGCCAGUCCCCGAUCAACAUCGUGACCCGUAAGGUGCACGUGAACGCCGCCCUGCCGCCCUUCGACUUCAUCGGCCACACCACCAGAAACAACAUCACGGUGAAGAACAAGGGCCACUCAGCUCAUUUCGAGUUGCCUCAGUCGGUCCGACUGACCGGCGGAGCUCUGCCGGGUCACUACCGAGCGGCCCAGUUCCACUUCCACUGGGGAGGCAGCGGGAGACCCGGGUCAGAGCACACCAUUGAUGGAGAGAGGUUCCCCAUGGAGAUGCACAUCGUUCACAUCAAGGAGCCGUACGGGUCACUGGUGGAGGCAGAGCACGACAUGGCGGGGAUCGCUCUGCUGGCCUUCCUGUUCGAGGAGUCCACUGAUGACCAUCCACAUCUGGACACCGUCAUCACUGCUCUGGGCCGAGUCCCAAACAACGGAAGUUCAUCUGUGGUCCCCAACUUCCGCCUGAGUGACAUCGUCCCGCCGUCCAAAGAGCUGCGUGGUUAUUACCGCUACGUGGGCUCCAUGACCACCCCGGGGUGUGAGCAAGCCGUGGCCUGGACUGUGUUCCGCAGGACGCUGCCCAUCAGCAGUCGGCAGGUGAGUCCACCCCGGCCUCCUGACCACGGCGCUCCUUGUGUCACGGUGCUGCUCCUUCCUCUCCAGCUGGACGCUCUGGUGAAGCAGUGUCGUUUCUGGACCGGGCAGCCCAUGACGGACAUCUUCAGACCCACUCAGCCUCUGGACGGGAGGGUCGUGUACCGAUCCAAUUCAGGCGGAGCUCUGACGACUGGCGCGUGGACAGGAGUUCUCGCGCUCCUGGUCGGAAUGUCUCCUGUGAUGCUCUGACAUCCAAACCAGUCUCAUUCUUAAGGGAAGGUACAAGCAGGGGUUUCAACUGUUGCAGUACCAUAUGGGACAAAGUAGAAGAAGCAGUGCCCUCAUGAUCGUGAGAUGAGAUCGUAUCACAACCCUCCUGUGAGAUACGACAUGAUUCUGUCAAUUACAAACCUCUGUUUCUCAAACUCCUCACAGUACUGAGAAUAAUCAAAAUAGAACCAGCAUCUUUUGCUGAUUUAAAGUAGCAGUCGUGUGUUUUAGAAGAAAUCUGUGAUUGAAUAAAUUCCAGACUAGAUUCCCUCGACAACAUGUCAUCUGUGUGCGUGUACGGGCUUGUUUAUACUACUUCGAGGGGACCGAUUCUUGACAAAACACUUCCAAUGUGGGGACCAUUUGGCCAGACCCCACAAGGUUAAGUCUCAAUUUGACUUCAAAAUAACUGGGUUCCCGUUUGGUUCAGAGUCCUGGUUCAGGUGAGCCAUGUGUUUUGGAUGGUGAGGUUUAUGGGACAGGC